AUGGAUAAAUUACGUAAAGUUAAACCUGUGAUAAACUAUUUUAAUAAAAAAUUCAAAGAAGUAUAUGUAAUGGAAGAGAACAUCGCGAUCGAUGAAUCGUUAAUGAAAUUUAAGGGACGCAUGUCUUAUAAACAAUUUAAUCCCUCGAAGAGGGCGAGAUUCGGGAUAAAAUUUUAUAAACUGUGCGAGUCAGCAUCGGACUAUUGCUAUAAUUUUAAAAUAUAUUCAAGUAACGUUAUCAAUACUACAUAAGGGACACACUUUGUAUAUAGAUAAUUGGUAUUCUUCGCCGAAACUGUUUUUAACUUUAGUUGAAAAUGGAACAAAUGCUCUUGGGACAGUACGUUUUAAUAGAAAAAACAUGCCGGGAGAUUUUGUCAAAGCA